AUGCAGUCCGCGUCACCCCCAGCUCUUGAUCACAUCAAUAAGAACGCCGCCGGGGAUGCAACAUGGCGACAGAAACUGUUCGCAUCGAUUUUGGGUUUCUUUUCAAAUGAACCAGCUGGUGGAGAUACCGAAGCUGAUGCUGUUGAGGCGUGGGUUGGGGUGCGGAAAGGGCGGGGUCGGUGUCGGUCUGUUGGGGAAGUUCGAUAG